AUGACUGCCCGCAGAAACCAUUCUAAGAGUAAUAAACCUAAGCCACAUCAUCAUCAACAACAACAACAACACGAAUAUACUAGUAUGCCUACCGAUAUUCAAAAGAAAGAUACUACUACCAGCACAGAUGCUCAAACCUCUACCGUAAUUCAACCAUUACACUACGAAUCUGCUACAUACGACCAUUUGAAGAAAUACGAUGCUCUGUAUGUCUAUGCAGACAAGUAUGUUCCUCAAGUGAUUCUAACCUGGUUGGCAUUACUAGUUACUUCUACACAAUCCGCCGUGAACAGAGUGAUCUCCACUGGGUUUGAAUCCAACUAUGUCCCUCAUAGUUUCAAGACACUAUUUAACAAAUUGUUGUCUAAAGCAAUGGCUUUGGAUGGUUUGUUAAACUAUUUGGUCUUGGAUGAAGGUGUCGGUUCAUUCAAGAAAUCAUGGGAUAAACAAGGUGGUGUUCCAGGCGUAUGGUGUCUAUAUUUCACUUUGGAUUACAUUGCUAAUUGUUUCAAUGUAUUAUUACAAAGAUUAGUCGUAGUGCCAUUAAACCUUGGUUCUGUGAGUGAUUCAAGUAAUAGCAGCAAUAAUAACACCUCGGGAGUCUCUGAAACUUCAGCAACUAACUCUUCUGAUACUGUGGAAAGUGGUAAUUUGCCUCAUUUGGAUGAAUUAUCCUCUACUACAAAGUCUUUGACUCAGGAUCUACAUGCAAAGGUACAAAAUGAUUAUAUUCAACCUACAAAAGAAAAAGCUAAUAAACUGAUCUUGGAGCCAACUCAAAAUGCUUACAAAUCUGUCUCAGAGACUUAUGGGACUCAUUUGAAUAAACAAAACAAUAACGUUCCAAAGGCUUUGUAUUCUACUGGUAGAGAAAUUGGUAAUACCACUUUAAAAAGAUUUAAUGUCUUGGUACAAUCUCCAUCUAAAGAAGAAGUUGAUCAACUAAAGACAAACUGA